UCGUAUCAUGACAGCACAGCUGAAUCCGUUCCGCAAUGCCUUCCGGCUGCCGGCGAAACAGCGUAUUAACUGGUUCCCUGGCCACAUGACCAAGGGCAUGCGACAAAUUCAACAAAAACUCCGAAAUGUAGACUGUAUUGUGGAAAUCCAUGAUGCACGAAUUCCUCUGGCUGGCAGGAAUUCCCAUUUCUUUGACACGAUCACAGGAAGCGGAGUUAAGCCACAUAUCUUGGUUCUGAACAAGGUGGAUCUUCUGGGACCGAAAAAACAAAAGAACAUUCUUCAACAGCUUAGAAGGCAGCAGCCCGAGCUCAAGAGCAUCCUGUUUACCAACUGUAAAGACCAGAGGAACCACGGCGUCCUAGACAUCUUGCCAUUGGCCACGCGCCUUGUAAACGAAAGCAGUCGCUUCAAUCGGACCCAAACCAACGAAAAUAAUCUUAUGAUCAUUGGAGUACCAAAUGUGGGCAAGAGUUCCAUUAUCAAUGUUCUGCGGAACGUCCAUCUGAAAAAGAAGAGCGCUGCCCGCGUAGGUGCCGAAGCCGGCAUCACCAGAGCUGUGGGUGAACGCAUCAAAAUACAGGAGAAUCCACCGGUCUACAUGAUCGACACACCAGGCAUCUUGCAGCCGUCAAUCAAGGAUGACGAAAUGGGUAUGAAGCUGGCCUUAGUGGGCUGCCUGCCGGAUCACAUUGUGGGCGAGGAUCUUAUAGCCGACUACCUCCUCUACUGGCUAAAUACCCACAGAAGAUACGCCUAUGUCGAGAAGCUCCACCUAUCCGGACCCAGUGAUAAUAUAAGCGCGGUUCUAGCGGAGUAUGCUCAGCGGGAGGAACUGUUCCAUAAAGUCAAGCAAUACGACGGUCGGGUAGAAGUGAUGACAAAUUUAUUAGCAGCAGCGCGCAAAUUUAUACACUUCUUUCGCACCGGCCAGCUGGGAAGCAUUAAUCUGGACGAGCCCAGUGGUCUUAGUUGAAAUUAGGAGCUAAAAUUAAAAAUUUUACAAAAGUC